GUUUUGUGAACGAUUGUGGAGCGUUGGUGCGUCGUGUCUUUGGCUAAGAAGAUCUCAAAGAAAAAAUCGAUCAACAUUUUAACGAUUGCCCAUUAAUAAUGAGAAAGUGUGAUUUGCAAAACAAAUUAAAAUAAUAAAUUUAAUGACAAAAUACCACUAACCAAACACACGCACACACACACAAACGUAAAUACAUACCCAGUAAAAGUAACCAAAUAGCUAACAGUGAAUCUCAGUGAAUGUUUAUAUAAUUAAAAAACCAACAUUGCUAGGCAAACAGCCAAACGAAACGAGUUUAACAACGAAAGAAAAACAACAACAACAACGAAAAAUAACACAGAAAAAAAAUCGCAAAUAAAAAGCUGAUCUAAUGUUUUCAAAGCUUUUACGCGUUGUAUAAAGAAAAGUUGCAAGAGAAAUAAUACAAAACAACAACAACGACGACGACGACGGCUAAAUAUAUAAAGAAAACAAAAACAAAACCAAGAAAAUACAAAAAAAAAAAACAACUAAAAUAACGCAAAUUGGGAAAGUGUAUACGGUUUUAUUUUGGAGACUUUUUCUUGCUGGACAACUUGACGUCUUGGAGCAGUAGCCAACACCUCAAUACCCGUACUCCACACCGGCAAAACGCCAUCACCCAAAGUAGGAAGUAUAAAUGUAUACUUGAUUGUGAUGUCUAACUAUUACCCAUCCUAGCCCCAAACAAAUUUCAUCCAAAGUAUAGCUGACAGAACUGAAAAUCCGGACUUAAAAUUACAUAGCAACAUUUUUGCGGAAAUCGUAACAAUAUCCCCAAACAUUUCCCCACCACCAUCUGUUUUGGAAUCAAAACACUCAAGAACAACGAACCACACAUAAGGGGAGGAAUAAAUAGACGUCAGAAGUAACAACAACAGCCGAAGGAAGCAGCAGCAGCACAAUGAAUGAAGAAUGUUCAAUCAAAUUAAGGCCCAUGUUGGCUUUACUAGUCAUCCUUCUAAGUUCUUUGCAAUUUAGUUAUGUCAGAGCACAAUCGAAUUAUGUGCAACAUGGAGAUAGUGGGAAUUAUACAACCAAUGGCCUGCCCGAAGAAGCAACGCUCGAUGGAAAGGUUACCAAACUAGACGAUAUUAGUCCAUUGAUAUUUUUAAAUCGCACAAAAGCCGCACUGAAUUGUGCAGCCGGUUCUAUGCAGGUGGACAUGAAAUUCAAUGAGCCGUUUCAUGGCAUCAUUCAAGCCGAUUAUGAUCGUAGCAGUGCAUGCCGAGUCAAUGGUAAAGGUGCAUUAAGUUAUAGAUUGGAACUGCCAUUGAAGGGAUGUGGUACUAUACAGAAUCCAACACGUGUUUUCACCAAUAAUAUAAUUGUACGUUUUCAUGCAAAUUUGGAAAUGGAUGGCGAUGAAAUCAUAACAAUUGUCUGCCGUUAUCCGCCACCGGUACCCUCACUGCCACCAGCUUUACCAGCUCCCAUUUUGAAUCCUGUCGAUAAAGCCGCUGUAAUCCAUCCCCCCUUGAAGGGUAUACAAAUUUUGAUGAUUAUCUGUGCUAUCAUGUUCCUUACAUUGUUGCUGUUGGGCUUGGCUGUGUCCUAUUAUUGUCUGCGUAGCCGUCCUAUACCAGUGGUCCGACGCCUUCCCAUGUCCAUGGGAAGUGGUUCGGAAAUUACUAAACUCAGCGGUAGCAGUAUGGGUGGUAUUGGCGAGUUUGAAGGAGUUAAAAUACCCCGAGCCCAUGCACCAUUGGCCGCGGUCCAUAGCUCUUCGGGUAGCGAAGGUGCUCUGAUACCUUCGGACUAUCCCAGUGAAUCGCAUUCGGAAAUUGAAGAAAUCGAUACGAGAUCCCUCCCCGUCAGUUCGGCUGGAAGCUUUGAAAAUCGUGCCUUUGUCCAGGAGACCUCAAGCAUUUACAGUGAUCACUAUGGUCAUACUCAAGAACUGCAAGCUGCCAAUGCCAUAGCCACAGCCAUACCACGCCAUCCCAUCGCCAUCAAGGAAGCCUCAUCACCCAAAUUCGAUGUCCAGGUGCGUGUCAAGAAAUCACCACCGCCACCACCAUCACCCCAGACAUCGGAUACCGAAAGUGUGGCCACACUACGACCUGAACGUAAUAAUCUUUCGACUAUUAUGGAAUCUCAUGAGGAUCGUGAAAGUGUUACAACCAUGGAAUCACUGCCCGGCCAAGAAGAGACUAUGCAAACUCAGUUCACGUACACACCUGACAUUCAUACAGCACCACAGCAUACGGAAAUAACACUGCCACCACCCGUUCAACCUGUGUUCUCUGUUUACACACGUACCCAUCAUGAGAUGGUUGAUGGCCGCCCGGAGACCUGGUCCGAUUACACCGAUGGUCCGGCGCUCAGUGAAAUUACCGAUGUUACCUCUAGGGCACCCGAUCUACAUUCCGUUGCCGAAAUGGUAGACAGUAGUCACUUUGUGGAAACCGAAUAUAUACCACCAGAACCACCAAUUGUCAUCAAGAAGCCGCAAAUUACGUCGCAUACCGUGGAUGAUGUCUACUUGCGUACCAUUACCGAAAAGAAGACCAUUGAAGAUAUUGAAUCACACAAACGCAAGGUUACCGAAUACAAGGCUAAACCAAAACCAUUGGCUCCACCAGUACCGGAUCCAACAUGGGAUGUUAAGAUACGCAACUAUCCCACAGAACGUGAACAGCAACAAUGGGAGAACUUUUCGGAUAUUUCAAGUGUUUCUGGCCUGACAUUGACACCCAAAAUGGAGAGGUCCGAAUUGUCCUUGCCACCGAUAAGACCCACAGAACCACCACAACAGAUCUAUGACAACAAGGAGAAGUUGACCAGUCCUCAGUUGGUGGGUAACAUGAAACCCAUAGAGUUGCCACCCGAGGAUAAGGCCGUACCCAAUUGGGAUGUUUUGAUUAGGAUUUUGGAAGAACCAGAAAUGUCGGAGGCCGAUGAUGCCAGUUCCGUGCACUCUAGUGUUCAUGCCUUAAGUCGUUACAUUAGCUAUGACGAUAAGGCCAAAUGGAAGGAAAUCAUUACCACCGAAUCCUCGCUGCGUACCAUGCUAACUGAGGCUGUGGUCAAGGAAGAUUUUGAACGCAUUCGUUCGGACACCCGUUAUGAGAGGAUCUUUGAGCCACAAACCUGGGAUGUAAUUAUACGUAUUUUGGCCCCACCCUCCGAUGAUGAGGGAGAUGUUGAGAUGAGGACACCACGACGCAACAGGAAGACCCAACCAUGGGAUACCCGAUCUCGGCGCAGUUCAUUGCCAACUCUAUAUGAGUAUGAUAGUGAUGGUGGUUCCAGUGUUCGAACCAUUCGAAAUGAUCCCUCAAUGCCAAUACAUCCAAAUGCCUUUAAUAUGCAAAGAUCACGUCGUUCAUCGCGAACUUCUUACAAUACCGAUCACAAUGAUUUCCGUUCCAUGUCCGAGGUGACCGUGGACUUUGGACGCAUGGAUAAUAUGUCAAAUGCCAGCUCAUAUUAUCCCAUGCAAUACGAUGAUGAUGAUAAUAUGUCGGAGAGACGUUCAUUCCAUCGUUCGGUAAGUCAUCCCUCAUUGGCCAGAUCGGCCAGUGAAUUUACGGAACACUGGGCCGUGCCGGAUGAUAUGUCAUCGCCUGAGGGUACACCAACUGCCACAAGGUCACAGAGAAUGGUUACCACCUUCCAAUCCAGGGUGCCAGCCCCACCACCACCACCCAGAUCCGGCCGCAUGGUAGCUCAAACCCAACACGAAUAUGUCGAAACCAGACGCACAUCAUCUUCAUAUCGCACUGAAGCUCAACCCAGACCCAGAGAGUGGUAAAAUUGUGGAAGCAGAAACGGAGGAUCAUAAAUAAAAAAAGAAACAAUGUAAAAAACUUAACACAAAAUGAAAUUGGGCGGCAGGAACCGCUUAGUUUUAGGAUAUUAUCCAAGAUCCUCUCCAAGAAAGAAAUUCUAUAAAAUUCAACUUUUUAUUGCUCUCUAUAGUUUGCUUUAUUUGUAUUUUAUUCUCUCUCUCUCUUUCUCUCCCAAGCUUUUAAAGCUAAUCAUUAUUUUUAUUUUCUUUUUUUUUCUACUUUUAUGCUUCUCUAAUGCUUCAUUUAACACUUCAUUUCGAAUAUACUGCGAGCAAUUUUAAAUAAUUUUAUUUUUUUCUUAUAUUUUUUUUUCUUUUUUUUUAUAUAAAUACCUUAUAGUUGUAAUUUAAAACAAGUGCCAAUUGACUCAAAACAAAAGUAAAUAAAAUAUACUAAAAAUUAAAUAUAUAUGUUUGCCUUUAAAAAACAAAUUGUAUAAAAAGUCCGUAACUUCCAUUGAUUAGCUGUAAUUUAGUUUUAGAGUUGAUGGAAUUUAUAUUUCCUGCUAAUAUUUUUUUCAUAGUCAGAUGAAGCAAAACAAAAGACCUAAUAUAAAAAUGUUGGAAAUGUUUGAAAAAAAUGUUGAUGUCACAAAAACCCUGGGAAUCGGGAAAAUUUCAAAAGAUUUAAAAAAAAUUGCAUUCUUUUAAAAAAUAAGGAAAUUUCUCCCGAUAACCGCUAAGAAAGUUUAGCUUCUUUACAGAGAAAACUUUUUCUUGAAAGCGAGAUAUGUUUUUAAAAUACAUAAAUUAUUUCAAUAUAUAAAAGGAAAAUUAUUUUUUGAGAGAGUCUAAUGGGAUAUACCUUAAUAUUGCUUUGUAGGGCCGUUAGGAUUCCCAUCAAUUUAAACGACAUAGAACUCUGUUCAGUUGUGGCUGAGAAAUUCGAAGCUAAAACUUAUUUUUUUUAUUUUUUUGAAUUUUUCGUAUUUUUAAUUUGGGUUAAAAAGUAUUUUCGAAUAUAGAAAAGAUCCAAAAGAAAAGCUCCAUUUUAUUAUAUUAUUUUAUUGAUAUAAAUCAAUUUAAACGUUAUCAAAAUCUGUCCCGUCGUCUCUGAGUAAUUAAUAACCAAAUGCCAAUUUUUGCUUGCUUUUUUUACUUUUGUAUUAUAUUAACGAUUUUCGAUUUCGAAAUUUUAAAUAUUAUAACAUAAUCAGAAAUUAGAUACAUUUUUGCAUUAAUGAGAUCAUCCAAGAUAUUUUAAUUUUUUAUCAAACUUUUGUUAUUAAAAUCUUGUAAUUGAAUUAAAUUCAUACAAAAUGGAAAUUUAAAAUUGUUAAUAUUUUUUAAAUUUUUUGUCUACCAAACUGGAUUAAUUUUCCAACCGAAUUUGAUAAUGAGAAACUCAGAACAAGCGUCCAAAAUUUCGCUAUUUUUCGUUACAAUGACUAUAUUACAUUUUUUCAAAAAAAAAUUUGAAAGGUAGAAUAUUACACAAAUUAAAAAAAAAAAAAUUAAAAACAUUUUCAUUUUUUGAUCAGAAAUUCUGAAUUAUAAUACAAUUUUUGAUUUGAGGUUGCCUUUUAAAGUUGUUUUGUAAAUUUUAAUAUUUUUUCAAUGUUUUUCGACCGAACUGGUUUAGUUUUCCAAUUGAAUUCGUUUUUGAGAGAGACAGUCAGAACUUAUGUGCAAAUUUUUUUUUUUAAUUUUAUAUUAUAAUGGCUCUUUUAAUUUAUAUAUAUUUUUUAAUAUUGUAUUGAAUAAAGUAAUUAAUCUACUUUGGUAAAAAAAUAUAAAAAAAAACUGAAAAACGUUUUAAUUUUUU